UCCGUUAUCGAGUUCCCAAGUUGUGAUCUUGAGAAAAUCGUUUGGAAUUACCAUGUUGUCUCUGCGCCUUGUUGUUGUUUUGGCUGUGGCUGGAUUAGCCUUGGCUGAGAGACUUCCCACCAAAAUUUCUGUGAAUAAUUACGGAAGUAUGUCGUGCGUUGGUACAAGAGUGUCUCCGAAUACGAUCCUUAUUCCUGGAAUGUGCUUGAUGAGCUAUUCCCAAAUGGACGUCAAAAUCCGUGGUUCGGAUAUUCCUUCCAAUGAUUCUGGAAACAUUUACCGCAUUACCCGUAUACUCUACCAUAAUGAUCGCGAUAUGAGUACAAUGAGCCAUGAUUACGCCCUCGCGAGACUCGAUCGCGAUAUGGUUGUUGAAAAUGACGUUCCUACAAUUCCCAAUGAAGAUGUCCCCGUUUCCGAAGGAGACAUUUGCACAACUCUUCGCAGAGAUCUUGACUCCCAAUCGAUGUACAUGUUCUCCGAACUGGAGCAUUACAAUGUGAAAGUCAUCAGUGAUGCAAAAUGCCAGGAACUCUUCCCAGAGACCUUCACUGAAGACUUCAUCUGCGUAGGUGCCGUGGAUCCUCAGGCAGAAAACUACGAAGAUCAGCAGUGCCAAGGAGAAACUGGAGCUCCUCUUGUUUGCAAUGGCGAUAUCGUGGCUAUCAACAGUUGCGAAGUUUCCUGCUACGGAGAAGCUUGUGCCUACAAGAAAAUCUCUGCUCUCGGGGAUUUCGUUCAAGGUCAAGUAUUGUAAAUGAAGAAAAUCCAAUAUGGCUAACCAACGGACUUUUGCAGCAAUAAUGAUUUUUCUGUAAAUUUGUUCCUCCCAAAUGUACCAACCUGUAUUCUUUGAAAUACAAUAAAUAUUCCUGAGCAUUUAAA